AUGGCUCAACAAAAGGGGAAACGGAAUCCCGACAAACCCGACAAAAACGGAUUCUUUACGGCCCAAAACCAACCGCCAAGAGCCCAAAGUGCGCCGGACCAAGAUGGCGAUGACACACUCCCUCUACAGGGAUCCCCUGGAGAAACAGCUCUCCCA